UCAAAGGCGAGGGGGGGGUGGGGGUCAGGGGGGGUCGUCGGUCUGCUGAGGAAAAGCUCACAGAUCUUUAUCUGACAUUUCAGUAUGUUGUUCAUGGAUCCCCACUGCAUUGUAUUAUAAUGCGCAAAUGGAUACUGCCAUGGAACCUUCAGAAUGUGUUCUCAGGACUGUACCUGCACGCCGUCUUCCUGUUCGGCAGCGUGUGUGUGGUCUACAGUGACUGCACUCCAGAGCAACUGGCCGCCAUCAUGAACUGCUCCAAACAUGAGCGCCACUCCAGGAACUAUGACUACAUGGAGGGGGGGGACGUACGCAUCCGUCAGCUGUUCAGCCGCACCCAGUGGUUCCUGACAAUUGAUGACAAUGGCAACAUCAAUGGGACUCAAGAUCCCACCAACUGCUACAGUAUUCUGGAGAUCAGGACGGUGUCCGAGGGAGGCAUCCUGGCCAUCAAAGGGGUGAAGAGUCAGUAUUAUAUCUCCAUGAACAAGGCUGGACAGUUGCAAGGCAAGAGGAUCUACAAUGAAAACUGCAACUUCAAGGAGGUUUUCCUAGAAAACUACUUCAACGCUUACUCCUCAGUAAAGUGGACUAAAAACGGCAAAGAAAUGUUCAUCGCUCUGUCUCAGAAGGGGAGGCCGAUGCGAGGGAAGAAGACCAGGAGAGAGCACGUAGCAUCGCACUUCAUCCCCAUGAAAUGUCGAGAGGAGGACAGGAGGGUGGACUGAGAGAACAGAACAUUCUGUAUGAUUUCAAUCACAUAUUCGACUAUAAACCAUCACGUAUAAACUCUUAACUGACACAUCACAGUCCACUCUCUUAAAGUCGUAGAUUAGUUUUGUUAUCUUUUGUAAUGUCUUGUCAUUUUCAUAAUGCGAAAACAACAGAUACAAUGAGAAAUGUUUGGAAUGUCUUCAACUGUAAAACCACAAGUCUACUCCAUGUUGUUGUUAUUUUUGAGUAAAAUAUUAUAUUUCCUUGUAAAGCAACUAAAUGUUUUCUUAUAAAACAGUCAAAUAUAUUAUGCACAGUCAGGACUGUAUAUUUUUCCAAAGAUGAUCUACACCAAGGCUCUCAAACUCAUUUUCUUUCAGGUUCCACAUUCAGCCCGAUUUGAUCUCCAGUGGGCUCAACCAGUAAAAUAAUAAAAGAAUAAUCGAUAAAU